GACUCGCUAAACCGGAGGAACAGAGCUUCAUCGAACCCAUCAUGGGGGACACAAAGCUCUGCCUUCUGCUGCUUCUAUGUGCCUAUGCCAUCGCCCAGGAAGACACCAGCACUACCGAGGAACAGUCUCCAACAUGCUUACUGGCAACAAGGUUUAAAAGCUUUAACAAAUAUGAGUACGAGUAUGAGGCUGAAAACCUGAAUGGAGUGAAUGGAGCAUCUGACCUCAAGAAUGGCCCCAAAGUUACCUGUAAGGUUGAGAUCGAGGUGCCUCAGACAUGCAGCUAUGUCGUGCACACCUCUGAGUGCACACUGAGCGAGGUGACGGACAUCGACUCAGAGGGGCUGCCUGUAUAUGGACCUGCUGCUGGAGCCGAUGCUUUCCGAGCUGCCAUGGCAAAGAACCCAUUGAAGUUGACUGUGGAGAGCGAAUCAAGGGUCAGCCUGUUCCCUGAAGAGGAUGAGCCCAUCAACAUCCUGAACAUCAAGAGAGGAAUCAUGUCUGCCCUCUUGGUACCUGUGUUAGAGGAGGAGAAAAUCAAAAACAUGGUCACUCUGCACGGUAUCUGCAAGACUGACUUUGCUGUCAACACCAGGGAGGACAUUGCCACCGAUGUCACUGUCACAAGAGAUCUGUCCCAUUGUGAUGGUUUCAGUCCCAAGAAAGACUUUACCAGCCCCCUGGCACUCAUCUCUGGCCUGCACAUUCCUCUCUCCAAACUGAUAAGCAGCACUCAGACCUGCAACUACAAAUUUGACAAUGAGAAGAAGCACAUGACUAAGGGAACCUGCACCGAGAAGCACAUCUUCCUGCCUUUCUCUUACCAAGGGGAGUAUGGAAUUUCAACCCUGGUUAAACAGACCUUGACCCUACGAGACUCAAGCAACAUCAACGACAGAGUCUUUGACUACAAUGAGGCUAACCGGAAGGCCCUGCAUAUGGAGGUUGUUGAAGAUAAGUCUCCUGCUCAAACUAAGGAUGUUAUUCUGGCCACUCUGAGGGAACUAAGCACCCUGUCUCAGACAAGCCAGGGUAACCGGCGGGCACACCUGUUCCAGAAGCUGGUGACUGAGAUCCGAGGGCUGAAGAGUGAAGCCCUGAGCCCAGCUGUCCCGGAGAUGGUAGAGGUGUCUGCCCCCCUUACUUGGCAGGCUUUGGCCCAGUGUGGAACACCCGAAUGCAGUAGUGCCAUCCUACAGAUCCUGCGCACGAUGGAUAAAACUGCUCCGGAGGUUGAUGCUGCCGUUUAUGCAAUGGGGCUCAUAUCCAACCCAAACAAUCAACUUGUCCAAGACAUGUUGGACAUGGCAAAAUACAAAAAGAGCAAGCCUAUUCUAUACACUCUGAGUAAGAUUGUUAAAAGAUUCUACCAGGCUGAGGGAAAAGUAACCCCUGAGAUCAUUGAUGUAGCUCAGUUCAUGGCUUCCUUACUCGGCAAUGAAUGCGCUGGUGACAAGGAACAAAUAUUCCUAGCCUUGAGGGUUGUUGGUAAUAUGGGAAAAGCUAUGGAGGCUGCGGAUCCUGAAUUGAAAUCCACUCUCCUCAAAUGCAUGAGACAACCUGCAACCACACUAUCUGUCCAGCAGGCUGCUAUCCAAGCCUUCAGACAGAUGACAGUCACUGGAGAGGUGCGUACUAACCUCCAGAAGGUAUUCCAGUAUGGUAAGGGUGCUGUGCAAAAGCGACUUGCUGCCUACCUGAUCUUGAUGAAGAACCCUGAGGUAUCUGACUUGGAAAUAGUGAAGAAAACCCUCAAACAGGAGCAGAAUAUGCAAAUCAAGAAUUUUGUUGCCUCCCACAUCUACAAUAUUGUCAACUCAAAGGAUGGUGAAACAGAAGAGUUAAGAAACAGGAUCAUUGAUGUUAUGCAGGAACAAACAAUUUCCACUCACUUUGAUUACAAGAAGUUCUCUCGCAACUAUAAGAUGGAUGCUUCUGUAUCAAUGCAAGACCCCCUGAAGGCCAGUGUGCAAGGGAAUAUGAUCUUUGACCCAACUGGCUACAUGCCAAAAGAGAUCAUGUUGGAGACUACUCUGAAGGCCUUUGGAUACAACCUAGACAUGUUGGAGGUUGGAAUGGAAGGAAAGGGGUUCGAGCCAACAAUUGAGGCUCUGUUUGGAGAGAAUGGCUUCUUCCCUGAUACCAUCUUAAAAGCCAUGUAUUGGGCUGAGGACAAGAUGCCAAGCAAAGUGAAGCAAGUUCUGAACAACUGGAUUGUUCCACAGGGGAAUAACAGACAGGUGCCAGAGAACAUCAUGAGGGAAAUUGCACGCAAUGCCAACAAGCUUGUGAAUGAGCUGCAGUCACAGGAUUCCCCAGAGGCUACAGCCUAUUUGAGGAUCAUGGGAGAUGAGCUUGGAUAUAUGAAGGCCAGUGAUCUGAAAAGCCUGGCCCAGUCUGGGGCCGUAUAUGCUGAGAUGCUCUCCAGGAUGAUGCCAGCUAAGUUCUUGAAAUCCCUGGUGUCUAGUACAGACAAUGAGUUCUUUGUCCACUACAUCUUCAUGGACAAUGAAUUUUCACUGCCUACUUCCUCUGGCUUGCCUAUGAAAGUUUCGGUAUCUGGCACUGCAGCCCCUGGAGCCAAAGGAGGGGUGCGCCUCUCACCCAACAUGCAUGAAUUAUCUUUCAUGCCUUCCAUUGGAGUGGAAUUUGUGACAAAGAUGGGAGUAAGUUUCCCUGAGUUUGUAGCCUCUGGCAUUGAGAUGCACACAAGUAUCAUCCAUGAGAGUGCCCUCAAUGCCAAGGUAAACAUGGGGGGCAACCAGAUCAAGCUUUCUAUCCCUGCUCCUCAGGAUAACACCCAACUCCUUGGUAUCAGCAACAAGCUGUUCUCUGUAACCGCUGGUCAGACUAAGAUGGUGCCUACAAUGGCAGAGGGCAGAACUGACACUGUGAAAUGUGGCCCACUCUUCACUGGUUUACAGUUCUGUACCACUCAACAUUACUCUGACGCAUCCUCCACUGAUUCUGCUCCCUACUUCCCUCUAACUGGAGAGUCCGAAUUUGCUGUGGACAUCCAACCCACUGGGGAUGUAUAUGAAUACACGGCCACUAUCGCCUACGAACUCCUCAAUGAGGGAGAUAUAGAUGGAUUGCAGAAAGUGGAUGCUCUGACGAUGACUCUGAAGGCAGAGGGCAAUACACCUACUGAGGCUGUGGGCACUAUUAAGUACAAUAGGAAUAUGAAUAUGCUCACCACUGACAUCCAGAUCCCUGAUUAUGAUGUGGAAGCUGGAAUCAGAUUUGGUGUCUCUGAGAGCAGUAGUAAAGAGAAGCAGAUCACCUUUGACAUCACCAACAAGAAAAUCCCCCAGCUGUCUCUUGUUUGCCGUGCCAAACUUGAGGCUAUGGCAGAUGGCAUGCUUCAGUUCCAACUGACAAUCCCCACACUCACGACUGAUGCCACUGUCACUGCAACUCUGCAAAGUGCUGAAGGGUUGACUCUGGGGCUUGAAAGUGUCAUCAAAAUUCCUGAGACGUCCUCCCAACAGAAAAUCAUAUUCACAUAUGAUGAAAACAAGGUUGAGGUUAAAUUCAAGUCAGACAUGAGCUCCGACAUCCAGAAGCUUUUCCCAUAUGCAGAAGACUACCACAAGCUGCUUCAGCAGUUCAUUGAUGACAUCCUGGACCAAAAGGUGGCUAAGACUGACAUGAACAUUCGCCACAUCUUCUCCAAAUCCAUCGAGGCAGGCAACAUCUGGUUGGACAAAAUUGCUGAUGAUAUCCCCUAUGUUGAGAACCUGAGAGGCAUCCCAGGCAUCGUUCUACCUUCUGUGCCGGAGAACCUGUUCUUGAAAUCAGAGACCAUGUUCCGGUACCAGUUUAACAAGGAUCGCAUCUCCAUUACCCUCCGUCUACCUCUGGGUGGUCAGUCCUCCACAGACCUUAACUUCCCUACCACCGUGACCACCCCUCGCUUGUCUAUGCCGAAGUUUGGCCUGGAAAUUCCUUCCAAAGAGAUCAGCAUCCCCAGUUUCUCCAUACCCCCCAGCUAUGAGCUCCAACUGCCUCUCAUUGGAAUGGCUGAAGUGUCAACCAAGCUGAAUAGUAACUUCUACAGCUGGGAAGGGAAAGUCUCUGGUGGCAACAAUACAUUGGACACCCCCAGCUAUAUUGCUAUGUACCAGGUCAUGGCUGACUCCCCCUUGGAUCUCCUCUCUUAUAGGACAGAAGGAACUGUACUGAUCACUGAUACCACUGAAACUUUGACGACCCUUUUUAAUGCUUCACUGAACCACAAGUUUGUUGAGGCAAGCUUCAGUUUGAAGGAGUCAAUGACCAUAACAGACAGAAUGAGGGCAGUAGGUACCUACAAGGUUGAAGCCUCCAGUCCUCUGGGUUUUUCAUCAUCCAUGUACCUGACAACCCAGAUGUCCUCUACUGAUGAAGAAAUAGCAGGAGAUGCUAGCUUGGAUGGAGCUAUCAAAUUGGGUAGCCUGUCUUCCAGCACCUCAUACACCCAGGCAUAUAUCAUGAACCUAAGUCAGAGAAAGGCAACAGGAGAGUCGACAUUGAGAGUGGACACUCCUUUGGGAGCAAUCGUCAAUAAGAUUAAGGGGACCUAUGCUAAUGAAGAGCUGACCAUUGACUCAAACACGAAGAUGGAAAAUGAACGUCUGAAGCAUGUGACAAAGGUUGAAAUCAGCUACAAGGAUUCCAAAGUCUCCCUGAAGUCUGACAUUGAGUUAAAUGCAAUUAGUACAACACUCCGUCACCAAGUUGCAUUCACUGCCUCUCCAGAAAGUGCUAGCUUCAGAGUAGAGUCCCUGGCUGAUAAUUCUCCAAACCGUGCCUCCUGUCUUCUUUCUGGCUCACUGAAUGCCUAUAGCCUUGAGAUCAACACUGAUGCCUCCAUCAACUUUAAAGACAACCAAGGCUCACACAAAGCUACUGUGAUGAUCAACAGUGGUGGCCUAUCUACUAGUGGCACAACUAAGCUGCAAUUCAGUCCACUAACAUUUGAGAAUGUCUUCAAUGGGGGAGUCGAUGGCUCUGGAGCUACUAUGUCUCUGAAUUCCAAAGGAAAUGUUCUGCAGCACAGUGCUGAUCUCAGUGUAGACGGGAAAAUCGGAGGCUCUUACCUGAACCUGAAUAGUGCACUCAAGGGCAUCAUCUUUGAUGCCGACUCUAGGAACACAAUGAAAUUCAAAGUAGACCAGGAGGGUCUUACUUUCUCCAACAAUCUGAUUGGCUCGCUACGUGAGAUGAAAACAGAAAACCAAAUAGAUUUUGGCCUCACUUUCUGGGCCCUGGCCUUCAAAUCCAAGACUGAAAAUUUAAUUAGUGACAGCACUUCCUACAAGCAUGAUAUAGCAGUUGACCUGAUGCCCUUCUUCACUUCUAUGAAGGUGAACAAUGAUCUUAAAAUACUGGAUGUUCAUUUAACAAAUGACGGCCUGUUCAAGCUUGAGCCAUAUAAGAUGGACCUGACUGGCAAUCUGAAGGGAGCCUUUAGAGAAGAACAGAUCAAACAUGUGUAUGAAAUAAUCUAUGCUGAUCAGGAAGUUAAAGUUAAGUGUAUCACCACUGGCCAAAUCAUAGGAACUCAGAUAGCCCACAACACAGACCUGGAGAUCUCUGGACUCUCCUCAAAACUGAAAAGUGAAAGUACUCUCAACUCCAAAUCCCUCCGCCUAAAUAGUUUGUUUGAAAUAGCUGCUGCUCCAUUCGACCUCAGUAUUGAUGGUAUGCUAAACUCUGAUGGUGAUGUGGAGCUGUAUGGAAAACACACUGGUCACUUGUACAGCAAGGUCCUUUUGAAAGCAGAACCACAGUCUAUUACUUACACACAUGACUGCAGAGGAUCCACCACCCACAAUCUGGACACUGGUGCUUCAACUGAGACUAGCUUUGCCAGUAAAAUGGAUGGUGUAAUGAAUCUUCAGGAACAGAAGGCAGAAUGGGAAGUGGAAUCUAAACUGAACAAGCAUGAAUAUAAGCACAAAAUCAACACUUACAAUAACCUUACCAUAAUCGGUACUGAGCUCUCUGGAACAAUUAUGACAGACCUUCUAAACAGACCUGCAAGAGAGAAUCAAGAAUUUGCUAUCUCUGGUUUCCUUAAAUAUGACAAGAACAGUGAGGGCCACAUUAUCAACUUGCCUUUCAUUGAGAACAUUCCUGCCAUUUUUGAGCAGCUAAAAACAACCCUUGUCAAUCUGAAGGACAGCAGCAUUGACUGGUUGCAGGACUUGGAUGUUAAAUAUAAAAUUAGUGCUAGUAUUCAAGAGAAAGCAAGUGAACUGAAAGUGGUCAUUCAAAGUUUUGACAUCAUGUUGUUUACAGAAGAUCUGAAGAAUUUUAUCUCUACCAUGCCACUACAAAUUCCUACUGAAAAAAUCAUUAGUUUAGUUCACUCCCUAAAAGAGAUACUCAUGGAGGGCAUAGAAGAACUUGGAAUUUCAGGAAAGAUGAAAGCUGUUCAUAUCAAAUUAAAAGAGCUACUUGAGAAGUAUGAGAUUGAAAAGAUUGUUGAGGCUACCAUGGAGGGAGCUUCACGAUGUAUUAAGGAAUACCAAAUAACUGAAAAAAUUGACUCAGUAAUUGAUGUUCUGAAAUCCAUUGACUUUGAAGGCAAGUUUGAAAAGGCUAAGCAUGAGCUGAAUGAGGUGACCAACCAACUGAAAGCAAUUGACUUCAAGGGAAUGAUUAAUGAUUUUGACACAUUUCUUAACAGGAUUAUAAGGAACAUUGAGUCAUUUGAUUACCAAACAUUUUUGGAUGAUCUGAGGCAGAUAAUGAAGGUCCCUGCUUUUGGAAAGCUCAGUGGUCAGUUAGGAGUCCUCUCUCCCUCAUACAAGCUCACAACAAAGGCAGAGCUCCAUAACACUACAACUAACCCAGUGACACCGCAAGUCACAGCUUGCUUCAGUUCUGAGGCUAAAGCUGAUAUUGACCUUCUUGCCCAUUCUCUGGUGGCUAAUGUCCUCCUUGCCGCCCCUAAAAUGGACCGUCUUUUCAUCAAUGAAAACCUGAAGGUUACCCACAUGGCUUUCACAGUUGAGCACCAGAGUUCAGCAACCCUAUUUAGUAAAUCAGUUUCAGCCUCAGCCAGGACCAUUGCUAAGGCCACUACUGAGCCUUAUACUGCAGAACUCACUAACAGUGCAUCACUUAUUUUGGAAAAUGGCAUUUUUGCAUCUCUGGACAAUAAGUAUAACCACAAUCUGAACAUGCCACUUGUUGACAUCUCCAGUCAAGCCUCAGCAACCCACAAAUCUACUAUGAAACUUGACUCUAGUGCAAUCUCUGUUACCAGUCAAAACACAGGUAAUGGAAAGUGGUCCUUCCUCGACUACUCUGAUGAAGGCACCCACAAGAGCAACCUGGAGUUCACCAUUGAUAUCAAUACUGCCAAUCUAAAUUUUACAAGUAACACAGACAGUGAGUUCUUAAAAAUGACACAGAGUGUGAAUGCUGAAUCUGCCAUGCUCAGCUAUGUUACUGUUAAUGCCCGUGCUGAAACUAAGACGCCUUUCAUCAAGAGCAGUGUCAUUGUACUAAAUGGAAAGGUUCUGGUGAAGGACCUGAAAAUGGAACUCAUUGCUUCCCAUCAUACUGAACUAGUUGGCAGAAUUGAAGGAACCUUGUCCAACACCAUCAACUUUUUGGCCCAGCCCUUUGAGCUUGUUCUUGACUGCAAAAACAAGGCAAAUGGCAAGAUAAUACUGCCAUUGAAAUUAAGUGGAAAGAUCAACCUUCUUAAUGAUUACAAAGUGGCCUUGGACUCUGAAGGUCAGGAAAUCAGCUGGGUGACUCAGGCAAGAUUCAACCAGUACAAGUAUUCGAACCGCUUUACAAUGGAUAACAAGAUAAAUGCCAUUGCCCUCCACAUAGCAAUGGGUGGUGAAGCUAAUCUUGACGUGCUUAAUAUUCCAAUCACCAUACCUGAGAUGACUGUGCCAUUAAUCAAUAUGAAAAUUUCAUCUGUAGAAGAAUUCUCCCUUUGGGAAGACACUGGCUUGAAAAGCCUCCUGGCUACCACGCAGCAGUCAUUUGAUCUAAAUUUAAAACUUCAGUAUCAGAAGAACCCUGAAAUGUACAAUAUUGACAUUAACAUGGAGCCAGUCUACAAAGCCAUUGAAGUGGGUGCAAUGAUUAUGAAUCAAAACUUUAUUCUUGGAAGAGACAUUGCAGUUGCCCUGGUCACUACCUCAUAUAACCAAGCGAAAGAACAGUAUGACAAAUUCCAGAUUGAUACUUCCAACUCAUUGCAAAGGAGCUUCACAAUUCCUGGAUAUACUGUUCCCAUUUUGAACAUUGAUGUUGCUCCUUUCACAGCUGAGUUGCCUGCAUUGAGCUUUGUAAUGCCAAAAGAGAUCCACACACCCAGCUACAAAUUGCCAAUAGUAGGUUUUGUGGUUCCAUCGUACAUCCUUGUACUUCCUGUAAUUCAGCUUCCAGUCAUCCACGUGCCUGAAACACUGAGCCAACUGACCCUGCCCAGUCUCACUCUGCCAACAAUGCGAAAGAGAAUCGUGAUCCCUGCCAUGGGCAAUAUGACCUAUGAAUUAUCUUUCAAAUCUGCAGUGUUCACUCUGAAUUCCAACGCUGGCAUUUACAAUCAAAAUGACAUUGUGGCUAAGUUUGGAGUUACUUCAUCCUCUGUCUUUGAAAUUCUCAAAAGCAAGCUUGAAGGGACAUCCACCCUAACAAAGAAGAGAGGUUUGAAACUGGCUACUACUAUGUCCCUGGAGCACACAUAUAUUCAGGGCACCCAUGAAAGCACCAUCGCCCUCAACCGGAAGGGCAUGGAAACCUCAAUGGCAAAUAUUGGCAAGAUCAUGCUGGCCACUGAGACCAUAGAAUUUGAUCAGAAAUUAAUUGGAAAUUCCAAGGAUGGGAUCUCAGCUUCAGUCUCCUCUCCAUCCACUGGAUUCCUUGGAUUCCAGCUGCAGAAGAAGACCCAGUCACAGGUGCAUGGAAGGCUGUUUGGGCGCUACUUGUCUGUACCUGAGAAUGAUGUGGAGAUACUCAGUGUGAAAGCAUCACUCAAGCAUCCAGGAAAGCUGCAUUUACAGACCAUCUGGAACUCAGAGGUUCCCUAUGAGAUGCUAUUGGGGUUGAAAGAGAGGGUUCCUGAUAUUACUUCUACCCUAAACCUAAAAGAUACUGUCUCAAACACUAUUGAGAAAGUAUAUAGUGAGAUCCCCAGAACUGUAAACACCCUGCAGAGUGGAAUUGAGCAGAUCAAGGACCAGGGCAAGAUAAUGUACCAAAGAGCUUCUGAAAGCUUUGCAGACACAAACCUGCAGCAAUUUAGCAGAGAUCUUUCACACUAUGUCAAGUCCAUCUUAAGCCAGUACCAGAACAACAUAAAAGUAAUUAUGGAUGCUAUAAUACAGUUCCUGAAGGAGACCCAAUUCCAGCUGCCUGGAAUUGCAGAGAAGCUGACAGGGUUUGAGAUCUACCAGAAGGUUAGCCAAUUUGUAACCAUGGUGAUUGAAGAUGCCAUACGGGAAGUCCCAAAAUCUGUUGCCUUAAACACUAAUUCCUUCAUUAAAUUAGUUGAGGACACUGUGGUUACACUGCCAGGUUCCAACCACUUAAUUAUCGGGAAGGACAUUGUAGAUGACCUGAAAAAUAUAAUGGAAAAUGCACAGGCCCGAGUUAUCACAAUGGUGUGGGAACUUCAGGCUGUCAGUCUGGAGGACAUGCUGGAGAGCCUGAAGGAUUUUCUUCUUUACACUGCAAACAUAGCUGAUGAUUUCAUCACCUCCCUGAUGUCACCAAAUCUGGACAAUCUCUCAGCCUGGGUCAACACCAUCUAUUCUGAUGCUGUGAACUCUAAAGUCCUGAGUGACAUAUUUAUACAGCUGAAGGGGGCCGGGGCAAUUGCUGAAGAAAAGCUAGCCUUCGCUAAAACUAAACUCCAAGAGGUCUACUCCUAUAUGACCAUGGAGAAGCUGAAUGCCAUCCUUCAAUCCUGGAUUGAUGCGCUUGUCAAACACCUCAACUCACUAAGCGAUGAAAUCACUGAGCUUCUGAAGCAGAUUUCCGAUGUGCAGCCCUACAUGAGCGUGAGUGAUAAAAAAAUGGACAUUGAUAUUCCUCUUCCCUUUGCUUGGAACCCCUCCAAAACUGCGCCCAAGGAAGACACACAAUGAGUUUUUAUAAACACUACCAUUUGAGUGGAAAGGGUUGCUUAUCAAAAUAAAAACCAGCUAAGUUGCAAUGUGAACUCUUUAUUUUCUCCUAAAAAUUUUCAGCCUGUAUUUAAAACAGUUAUACCCACCUGCGUCUAGUUAAAGCUACCCCAUUGUUCUUUGUUGUGUAAAUGACUAAUUAUCUUUAUUAUCAAGUUAAAAAAAGCAAUUUGCAAUCUUUAUUGUUCCAUUUAUAUAUGUACCAUUUGAAGAGCCAAUGAAGGGUUAUGAAUAAAGACCAGCUGCACUGCAGAA